AUGGAGCCUAAUCUAUCAGAUAUAGUUUUGUCUGAUCGUAUUCAGACGAUAGUCAACACUGAGAAAAGUAUUGACGAGAUGAUGAAAUGUGCACGAGAAAUUAUACAGGAUUUGGGAAAAGAGAAACAGAUUGGAAAAAACAAGAUGGAAGAAAAUGCAAACACAUUCAAAAAGCUAAUAACACAAGUGGAAAAUGAGCUCAGUUCCCAAAUGCAAUACUUAUCCCAUGUUUGUGUUGGAUCUUCGCACCAAGGUUCUACGUUCGGUGUACUUCAAAACUCGCUUCUCGCGCAAUCUGGUCUAGCAUCACUUCACUCGGAGCUUGCUCAUAUUCUCACAACAGUUGAUCCUAAACAAGAUGUAGUUUCAAACGGAGAAGGUGACGAAGAAGAAGAAGAUGGCGAUGAAGAAGAAGAAGAAGGAGCAGGAGAAGGACUCAACUUGGAUAACGCUCAGGAAGAUGUCGUCGCACCGUUAACUACUUCUUCAACAGGUACAGCUUCAACAUCAGAAGAAGGAAGUGGCGGUAGUGGCGGAGCACAGGAAGAUGAUGGCGCCGGCAGCAGUUCUCCACGAAGUCAGGAGGAAACUGGUAGAAGAUCGACAGAAGACGAGGAAGAAGAAACAAUGCAACACUGA